AAACCAAACCGAAAAAACAUAUACGUUCGUCCUACCCCUCAGAAGUGCCAAAGUAGCUAGCUUUGACCCUGUCCCGCAACCUGAGUCCUCUCCAGUCUUCAAAUCGUUGCUGGGUUUUGCUCCAAAAGAUUUGCUUCUGGUGUGCAUUAAACGUUCAACCCUUUUCGUGAAAAGAAAACAUCCGGUUCCUGAUGCAGGGCGGAGCGGAGAUAUAGAAAGAUAGUAUAAGCUUGAGACGAAGGUUGAAAAUGAGCAGCGAGGCUUUGCAAGUUGCCAAGGUGUACCGCCACCUUCUCAAAGCCGUGAAGAAACAUGUUGCCAAAGAAGAGAGUAAGAGGCAUUUUAUAAAGUAUGCAGCCGAAGAAUUUAGGAACAACUGCAAACUGUCAGACCCAUCUUCUAUUCAGCAUAAGAUGAAGCUUGCCGAGAACUACACUUUACUUCUUAACAGUGUGCACCAUCACAAGGACUUGUUGUUCUCUUACAACAUUGCUGUGGAUAGAUCAGAUGAGAUGAAGAGAGUGCUCGGAAAAUCGGCUGCAAGUGUGGGUCUUCAACUUCCUGAGGUCUAUCAACCUUGAUAUUUUGGUUGGGUCCAUAUGCUCCAUCCUAUAUCCUCAGGAAUUUUGGUGUUCCAUUGAUAAAUAAUUAAAAUGUUAUUUGUUUGCUGCCAACGUAUCGAACCAAACAUUUGUUUGAGAGGUUAUUUGUUGUAACAAAAUUAAGUUCUGCUGCAGCAUCUGAAUCAAUCCUCUGUACUUUUGACCCAAGGAAAUGGAAAUAUUCCAAAUGUUGGGAGUUAUAAUGAUU